CACACACCUUUUCCACAUGAUAAUUAAACCCUGCCUUGUUAGUAAAAAGAAAAGAAUUGGGAACAAUAUGAGGGGGAUGUCAUAAAGAACCAUGAAGUCCAUCGGAGCUGAUACUCUCUUUCUUUCUGUCCUAAUCCUGGUCACAGCGCUCUCAAAGAAUGUCAGCAGAGCAGUGAACAUCUCUACUACAACAGUAAAGCCAACAUCUUCAGGGAAUUUACAUACAAGUACAGAUGUUUCUAGUACUGUAUCAGUCAAUACAACAAAGACAGAAAAUGGCUCAACUCCAACAUCUCCACCAGCUCUCUCUACAACCAGACCUUCUGAUGUUACAAAAAUAAACCUUGCCAUAACUCCAGAUCCAGCAGAUAACCAAACAAAGAAUGCAACUGAAGCAAUAACAAAAGUGAGCACCACAACUGAUCAAAACCUUCAAGCAAAUGCUUCCAACUCAGUAAUAACUAAUGUUAACCUUACUACAGUAAGCUCAAACUAUUCUACACCAAACUAUGUUGAAGUCCAACCAACAGAUGGAAAUAUUAAAGUUAACUCUUCUGCUGACCAGGACAACCUUCUUAAAUUCCCAGAAGUGUCCUCUGAUGCAAUGCCAACAGAACGUAAAGAUAUAUUGAAAGACGAAGGAAAAGAUAAAGGCCACGAAGAACAACCAACAACAUCAAAGAGCAAAAAUGGAAUAAUUAUUGGAGUAGGUGGUAUUCUUGCUGCAGUUGUUUUAGUUGUCCUAUUAUUUCUGUACAAGAUGUGUCAGAAAAAGCCUCCAGCUGUAGAGUACAGUGAAGAAAAAGUUAAUAGAUCGUCUCAAACUAAGGAAAGUGUUAAAUUGCUUUCUGUAAAAACGGCUACUCCAUUUUCUGAUUCAAAAAGAAUGUCAUCAAACCAAAUGGAGUCUAUUGAAUGUUGAAGAUAAUACCAAGUGACCACAGUUUAAUACAUUAAGUAUUCAUUUCUCUGUAUUUCAUGAAGAAUGGAAACCUUUGCACUGUACAGCUGAACUACUAAAAGAAAGGCUUCUCAGAACUAGAAAUGCCAUUUUUUUUAUGUUUUUUUAUAUUUUUGUACUUUGAUUUGUUUUAUACUUUUGACUUUUUAUGUUUACCUGUGCUUUUUCUAUAUUGUGCAAUUUUAGUUAUUUUGUAUGUUUAUGGAAUCAAUGUAGUAACACAACAUGGCACAACAGUCCUUCCAGGACCAAAUUUAUUUCCUGUUAUUUUUGGAUUUUACCAUUGAUGUUUCUGUAGUGUAUAAUAAAAUGUGGGAUUUAUGAAACUUGCAAAAGGGUGUCUGCCACUUACAUACACCAUUUGUAGAUACAUAGUAUCACUGUUUUACAGUGCUUGUAUGCAAAGAACCUAAAAUGUCCUCUAUCUUGUAAGCACUACUAACAAUUCCUGCAUACAGUACAUUAGAUUCCUAGGAGCUGAAGUACAAAAUGCAUGUGCCUCUAUGUAUGUUCUUUCAUAGCUGCCCUUGAUGACCUACAUCUAUGCUACUUUGAUGUUAAUCCAUAUGUUUAAAAGACUAUAAAGCCAAACUUUUCUGACUAAGUGACAUGUUGUGGACAAUGAAUGAAAAUUU